AUGUAUCGUGACAUGUGCCGUUGGAAGACCAGUUGGAUUCAGGGCCCCCAAUUUCAUAUCAUGAUGGAGUCGCAAGAGCUGAUUUUUGCACUGGUGGAAUUUCUCAAUGUAACUGAACCAUCAGACUACCCUCAUGCACCAGACCCUGGGCAAUCGUCUAGCUCCAGUGGACCAUCUACUGGUGAUGCCAGUAGCAGUGUUCAUCUACUUCCUCAAUUACAGGAAUUCAAUCAACCUCCAGUUAUCAUUAAUGUCUCCUGUCAGAUCAAGAAGCAAAUCAUAGAUCGUGCAAAACAAAAAAUCCCAUGGUUUCUUCUCACAUCAUCUGCAAUGGCCGCCACUGAUAUUGAGAAGACCCAACUAGUUUCUCAAGUGAUUUCAGAGUCAACCCCAGCUAUCCCUGGUAUGAGCAUUACAGUAUGCGUGUCAGACAAUCAAUGCCAGCAGGUGAUGGCUGCGUGGACUGCCACCUUCAAGAAGCUCCUGAACAUCAUGUGGACUUGCCUUACUGUCGGUUAUACCAUCUAUCUGCCAAUUGACUCUAGUUUGACACCAGAACAAUUCUGCUGUCAUAACGGAAAUGUAACGAUAUUGGAUGGCGUCCUUGACCAUCCCUUCAUCCUCAAUAUUGUUAUUCACAUCAUAUGGUGUAGCGACCUUGGCCUUGCCAAAUUCAUUGACAAUCCACAAGAACAACUCAAUUACACUAUUGCUGUUGCUGGUGCCAUUACCAAGUUGCUUGAUGGGAAGGAUGAUUUCGAUGGUAUUGUCCAUCACAUUGGUAAUCUCAGCAAUGUGCAGAAGAAUUGUAGUCAAUUUCAUGAUGCACCAUCACCCCAACUCAGCAAAGGCAAUGACAGUCUAUCCCAUACGAAGUCUUGCGCAAAGAAAGAACAGGAGCGGCUAGAAGACGAGGAGUUCGCUGAUAUAGUUCGGAAAGCUGAAAAGAAAGAACUUAGAAGGCAGUGUCGUAAAGUGCACAAUAACUUACAAUGUUUUGAGAACACACUGUCAGCUGCUACAGUGAAUGCCACCGCGAUCUGGGCAACAGAAUCAGACAUAGUGCCAGAUCAUCAAGGGUCAUCACCUUCACGGUACCCACCAAUGGACCAUGACACAACAUUACCCAACUUCAAUGAGCCUGAUUCUGGUCCCAUCGACAACGAGCCUGAUCCUGGUCCCAGCGAGCCCACUCACCAGCUCGAUGACAUCCAAGUUGAAUAUCAUCCCCAUAGCCAACUCCCUCCCAGUGAACAGACUAAUCGUCUUCUCAGUCUCAUACACCAAUCUGCUAGCGGCAAAGAUGCAUUCACGUUGCAAAAUCAUGAUGAAGUCCGUUCCCUCUGGGAUCUAGCUUCGCAAUGCUAUACCAGAUUUCAGUGUGACAAUGUAUCUGUUCCCUUCGAAAAAGAGGUAUAUGAGUUUGACAUGCACUACCGCCCUCUUUGGGACUGGGCGCUUGACUUGUUGCAAGACAGACAUCUCGCACCUCACUUUGUGUUUGAUGCUCAACGUCUCUCAAAAUUUGAUGGAGAAAAGUUUGUACGUUUCAUCAAUGAACCAUGGACUGCCGAUGCAUUUUGGAAUGUGCAAUCACACCUUCCCCCGGAUGCCAAACCAUUGGCGUUCAUCCUUAACACUACAGUAGGAGGCGGCCGUGUUGUUGGUUGGCUGCCCAUUAUCGGCGAAAAUCAGGAACACACGAAGAAGAAGAAUGCCGAUUAUGAAGAACAAUGCGUCAUGGCGUUGAUACGGGGACUUAAGGGGAAAUUCCUGUGUCCAAUUUGUUUGGUUCCACAAGAUCAACAGUCUGUUCUCAGUACCUACGAGCUACGCACAAGCCGCCAAUCUGAAGACAUACUUCGUACUGCAAGAUCCAUGCCUUCUGAGAAGGAAAAGGAGGAUCAUUUGAAGGCCUUCUCGCUCCGAAAUGUUCAGAACGUCUUCUUGAGAAUUCUUUACACAGACGUUCAUCACGCUCUUUCUUUCGACCGCUUGCAUACAAACGAGGAAGGAUUAUGGGGUGACCAUCUGUGGAAGGAGACAAAAUUUUGGAUUUUGGAUCUUGGGCGGGAAGCCACUGUCAAACUCAAGCAAAAUUUUGACGCACUUCCACGAUGGCCUAAUCUGACACAUUUUUCAUCUGUCAUGGCAGUGGAUUUCACUGAUGGUACUGUUCUCAGGGAUCUGUCAAAGGAUAUUCUUUCUUCGUCCCACUGCAAACUGGGACACUUACUUCUUUGCUGCAUUCACUACUACAUUGAGUUCGAUGUCUAUGCCUCAUUCGAAGUCCACACGGAAGAGACAAUUACAGCUGGAAGGUUGGCGCUGCAAAAGUUCUCAGAAAUUAUGGAUGAAUACAUUACUGAAUCGCAGCCUGAAACGAUGAAGAAUUGGAAUUUUCCAAAGAAGCAUUUAAUCUUGCACGUAUUCAAUGAUAUUUUGGCCAAAGGCGUGACCCGCAACUACAGUACCAAGCCCAAUGAAAAAAUGCACGGCUCUCUUCGAAAAAUCUACCUUCAACGCCCAAAUUUCAAGAAUGUUGCUUCUCAGAUCCUUCGCUAUGAUGAAUGGCUUCUGACCUUGAUGUCUAUGCGCAUCGAACUUGAUGAACUUGACAAGUAUAAUCAAGGAGACACUCUCGACCCCAAGACCAAUGAAACUCUGCCUGAUGCUGGAAACCCCAAAUCUACUACUGUCCAUGCACAUUUAGGUUCGAGGCAAGGCAAUUACUCCUUUUCCGAUAUCAUGCACUCGCAUGGAACUGAUAGGGCCUUCACCGACUUUCGGAUGAAGCUUAACGGCUUCCUGAACGGUUUUCUACCACUAAAUGAUAUUCCAUUACCAGAUGGAAGGCGCAUUCACCUGCGUGCGGAGGAUGUGGUAACGGAGUUUCAGUUUUUGCACAUUCAUUAUGAAUCACUAGUCGACUGGCGCAUGCACCGAGACUUACUUCGGUGCAACCCGAAGUUCUAUGGAUCGCCAAG